AUGGAAUUAACACCACCACCUUCAAGUGAUUGGCUAUUAUCAUCUUUUGGUCUAGAUAAUUCGAGUGACACUGGAAGUAAAGGAAGCAGCUCAGAGGAUCAACGUAGUAAAUCGGUAGAUUGUUCUGCAGACAAGAGUAAUGUAAAUGGAACGUUAAGUACGGCUUUUGGUAUCAAAGACGACAACAAAGAAAAUAUUGUAAAAAGUGUAAUUGUAAAGAAGCUAAAAACGAUGCUUUAUAAGAAGAAUAAGGUAUGUUAGUUUACAGUAAAAAGUCUGCUUAAUUUGGUUUUUUUUAUCUCUUAACUGCUUUAUUUUUUUUAAAUCUAACUGUGGAGAUACGUAGUAAAUCUCUUAUUCCUGCUUUUUUUCUACUUUCUUAUUAGGGUUUAAUGGAACAUUGUAAAUUUAACUAAAAAGUUUUGUAAAUAGAUUUUCAUUCAAAAUUAAAAUAAGUUUUAUGUAAUUUCAGAAGACGAAAAGAUCAUAA